UAUCUGAAUCCUUAAAAUUUAAAUUUGAGGCAUAUUGUCCUUUAAAUGAUACUUUAUCAUUAAAUAAUUAUAAUAAAUAUGUUUGGUCAAAUGAUAAAGAUUUUUUAAGUAGUGAUAAUGAAUAUAAAGCAGAAAUUGUAAAAACAUCAAGCCAAAUUACUUCAACAUAUACAAUUAAUUUAAAAAGAUAUAAGAAAGCUACUAUUUGUAUUAAUUCUUUUUCUAAUUCUAUAGAUAAAAUUUUAGAAGAAAUUUAUGAAUUUAAUCAGUUAUGCUCUAUUACUAUUAACAGAAAUAGAUUAAUUAGUUUCAUUAAUUAUAAAAAAAAAGAAAAUUUAUUAGAAAAUAUAGUUAAAGCUGAACAAAAUUUAAAUUAUGAUGAUGAAAUUGCAUAUAAACAUUUCAAUUUUCUUAUUAAUUAUUUAGACUAA